AUGACUCUGGUAGAGACGUGGGUCUCCUCCCCCUGGGGACCGUCCUUGGCCAGCCCGAAAUCGGAGAGCUUCGCCUUGUAAUCCUAAAGACCAGGAGGGAGAAGAGGGAAGAGAUCGAGAUGAUGAUGAUGAAGAAGAAGAAGGUGGAGGAGUGAGGAAGGAGGGAGAAGGGGGAGGGGAGGAGCUUACGCAGUCCAGCAAGAUGUUGGAGGCCUUAAAAUCCCGGUAGAUGACGGGCUUUUCAGCCUCGUGGAGGAAAGCUAGCCCCUUCGCCGCCCCCACCGCGAUCUUCAGCCUCGUCAUCCAAGGCAGCGACGCGAAAAAUCCUGCCAGCAAGAGCAUUGGCAGACCUGAAGAGACAGAUAUAUACAUAUAGAUAGAGAGAGAGAGAGGUAGAUAGAUAGAUAGAUAUAGCUAUAUAGAUAGAUAGUUAGAUAGGUAGAUAGAUAGAUAGACAUAGCUAUAUAGAUUAGGUAGGUAGGUAGGUAGAUAGAUAGAUAGGCGAGGCUCAGAGGGAGGAACAAGCAUUACUUCUGAAGAGAUGGUUCUCCAGGCUGCCCCUGGCCAUGAACUCGUACACGAGAAGGCGGUGCUCUUCCUCGCAGCAGUAGCCUAUGAGCUUGACGAGGUUGGGGUGACUCAGCUGGCCCAGGAAGAUCACCUCCGCCUGAGGAAUCAGACGACCAACGGCGGUGAAUCAGCGCGGGGAUCGGUCAAUGACGAGCAUCGCUCUCCGACGACGGCGGCGCCGCCGGCGGAGGAUCGUUCUUACCAGCCAUUCGCGGUGGCCCUGGUGGCCCUCCUUGUCGAGCAGCUUCACGGCCACCUGCUGCGCCUUCAGCCCCGGCCGGAGCUUCUCGUCCACGAACCCCUUGUACACCGGCCCGAAGCCGCCCUCUCCGAUGAGAUGGCCGCUGGAGAAGUGCUGCGUCACCGUCUUCAGCUCCGCCAGCGUGAAGACAUGAAGGUCAGCGCCGACGAGGGACAGUGAGAGGUCCUCCGGCGAGAAGGCGGCGCCGCCGUUGAAGCUAGCGUCGGAGAAGGACGACCGCCGGAGCGAUCUCUGCUUGGCAUGGACGGCGCCGCCGGCCACCGAGGGGCUGUCCCCCACUCUACCGUAGCAGGCGAAGAACCUCCUCCAUGAGAGAUUACUCUUCUUCUCCAUCCCCAUACUCCGCCGCCCGGGAGGAGCGGAGAAGACCAGACUCGCCGCCGCAGACGGCGGCGGCAAGAGAAGCCCUCCCUGAAAUUGCAAUCGUCAGGAAGCGGUAGGCACUGCGACGACGAUCCCUUCAAGUAAACCGCCCAAAUAUAUUCGUACGCCGCUCGCCGCUCGCCGCUCGCCGCCAACCACUCUACCCGAUAUGUAGAAGAUUUCGCCGGAGACGCCGUCAUCUUCUUCGGCGACCAUGA